AACAAACGCAACAAGUGUUUUUCAGGUGUCCUCGGAGAAUGAUUUGAAGAAGCAAUCGUUCUCCGGCUAGAUGAUCUUUGAUAAAAUGCCCACGACAAUCCCGAAACCUCACUUACAGUAUACUUCACUUAGAAGUUACAAACACAACGGCAAUGAAUGGAUUUAUCAUCUUUUAAAGGGCCUCCAAGCGUGAAAGAAGCACCUUAGUAAACAUGAUAAAAAGUGGUUUAUGUUUUCUAUAUGUUUUUUCUUCUAGAUUUUCAUAUUGUCGAAGUCAAACUGUUGACAUUCAGGAUAUAUAAAUAAAAUGGAUAUCGGAUAUUUUACGAUUCUUUUGCUCUCGCUAGUGUGUCUCGCAAAUGGGGCUACUAAAGUGGAAAAGCCUGUGGUUUACACUGGGCCAGUACAACCUCUGUCGAAUGUAAGCUGCUAUACGUGUAUGGUGAGGCUAAAGAACUCAAUGGUAUAUGAAGGGCAUCGGGAUUGUCUUUAUAUUGACUCAAACAGAACAUCCAUUGAGGCUCAGCCUUGCCUCGCUGGCUUCUGCUCUAUCAUGCGUAUCACACAGGGGGAUGUUAUGACCGUGUCCAGACAAUGUUUGCCUCAUUGUAAGGUCCGUGACAACACAGACCUUGAGGGGGGCUACAAAACAGUUGUUAAUUGUUGCACUAAACACCUUUGUAACUCGGCCACAUCCUUCAAGUUUGGAUUCCUCACAACAACCUUUAUUGUAUUCUGUAUAAAGUUUUUAUAGAGACAACUGCAAAAUUACAGUAUAUAACUAUGACUGCGCCUGUGAAUCAACUUUGACUUCGUCCGUUCUGUGCUACUUCAUAUACAGGUUUCUCUCUAGUUUUGACAAACAAGGUGUUGCGUCCGAAGAGAAAAUACAAAAUAGGCAACCCACCACACUGCCAUCUUUCUAUUGGC